AUGUACAAGUACACAUUCCCGCAGUCGACCCCAACCAAGAACGUCCGCGUGGACGUCUCGCAUGUACUGGCGUCCUACCGCGGACAAGGGCUCGAGCAGCACUUUCUGGGUGGUAAUAUCACUGUUAAGCGCGACCAAGACUGGAAAGAUUCUUCUAUACCGACUUUGGCACGGCUGGAACAGGGCCGGGCCAUGGACGGUUUACUUUUGCGGACGAUUCGACCAACCAUCUACAAGGUGUUCCUCGGCGCCGACUUUGUAACUGAUGAUCUUGUUGAGUUUGGCGAGGGACCCAGCUAUGAGUCCGAGACAGCCAGAGUUGGGACGGUGUUUUCUUUCACAGAAUCCUCUCUCGUCUUGAGAAGGCGUCUCAUUCAUCUCGACUGA